UCGGCGUCGGCGCGUCGUGAUGACGUGACUGCAGCGCCAUGGCAGCGUCUACAGCCGGUGGAUGGAGGACGGUGCCGAAGCGGAGGGGGCGGCGCCCGAGGCCGGCUGGGGCACGCGCGGUCCCCGAAGCCCCAGAAGCGGGCGGGGACGGAGACGCGGUGCGGAGGCGCGUCUAUGAGGCCCGGGAGGACCUGCUCAUCUCUGAUUUGUGGCAUUUGGCAGAGGGAAUCAUCCAGAAGUGUUUUACUAAACCUCUAGAACAAGUACAGGGAGCUACAGAGCACAUUUCAGAAGUCCUUGAACACCUCCAUCUUGAACCAUCACAGCAGCCAUUUGAGGAACCUUAUUCCAACUUGAGGGAAGACUCAUUGAAGAGUACCAACCAUUUUAAGUGUGUUUGCUAUGGAAUUGGGACGUUUUCUUCAUGUGGAAUAGCCCGCAUUCAAUUAGCAUUUUUACUUCUCUUUCUGGAAAAGUUCCAGAUUCCCAGACAUCACUGCUAUAUAUUUGAUCCUCUCUUUAGUGAACUUGAAAUUUCAGUUCUUAACAGCCUUGGUCUGACUGUUCUCAAUGAGAAUGAGGAAGGAAAACGGAGUAUUCGUGGUGAACCCACCAUUUUUUACAUGAUCCACUGCGGAACAGCUUUGUAUAAUAAUCUGCUAUGGAGUAACUGGUCAGUCGAUUCCCUUUCCAAGAUGAUGAUCAUUGGAAAUAGUUUCAAAGGAACUGAAGGAAAGUUAUUAACAAGGAUUCUUCAGAAAAAUUACCCCUAUGUGGCAAAGAGCUUAAAAGGAGUAGAGGAAAUUGAAUUUCCUCAGACAAUACAAUACAUGGACGUAUUUAAUGAUACCGCCAUCCAUUGGUUUCCUUUACAAAAAUUGAAAGAGCUCCCCAGUAAAGUGUGGGCAUUCCCAGAAGAGCCAGACUAUUCAGAAGGUGAAGAGUUGGAAAUCAUCAGGGACCACAAGAAGAUGACUCAACCCUUCCUUGCGUGACAUUAAUUUGCCAUUAUGGCACAGUGGACAGAAGCACAGAGGCAGGAAGACCUGGGCUCAAGGCUGGCCUCAGACUCACACUGAAGGAUGCUAUCCGUGUUAGAACCUCUGAGUUCCCUAAGCAGCAGCCAAAUGCUCCACAACCAAGGCUAAGCUGAACAAACUAGGGCAGAGCAUCUGUAUCGCCAGAAAGCUAAAAAACAGCCGAUGCCUUGGAUGAUUUCAAAGAAUUCCUUGUUUCUCUUACCCAGAUGGACUCAGGCUAAGAGAAUUUAAGAAGAGGAACCAUAUGACAUGUCAAGUCUUCCCAAAUGGGAAGGUGUUGUUGAUGUUUUAUAAACUGUUCUUAGAAAUAAAUGCUUAGGAUUUCCUUUA